GUUCAGCGUGAGUCAGUUGGCCAGGAGAGCGAGAAGGAAAUGCUCAGUAAAAUUGGAACACAGCAGUGGUUUUGGUGUUCUGUUUACAGCUGGGAUUGAGGAUUCUUGCAUUCUCCUCUUUGCACUCAUGGUGCUGAUCCCUCUCCUCCAGCGAUGCAUCCAGCUCCUCACUCUGCCUGUGUACCUGCUCUCGUAUCUGGGCUUAUGGGACCCCCUCUGUAAGAAGAUCUUCCCAUAUCUCAUGGUCAAGUGCUCCACUAUCUACAACCGCAAACUCUUCCAACAGAAACAGGGCCUGUUCAGCAACCUGGGGGAAUUUGCAGGCCCUCCGAGGGAGCUCAGGCUGCUGGAGAUAGGCACAGGCUCAGGCGCCAACUUCCAGUUCUACCCACCUGGAUGCCGAGUGACAUGCACUGAUCCCAACCCCAACUUUGAGAGGUUCCUCCUCAAGAGCAUUUCUGACAGCCCACACCUCCAGUUUGAACGGUUCCUGGUGGCCUCCGGUGAGGACCUGCACCCAGUGGCUGAUGACUCCAUGGAUGUGGUGGUUUGCACCUUGGUGCUGUGCUCGGUGCGCAGCAUCGAGCAGGUCCUGAGAGAAGUCUUGCGAGUGCUCAGGGUGGGUGGUGCUUUGUAUUUCUUGGAGCAUGUGGCUGCAGAUCAUUCCAGCUGGGGCUACUUUUGGCAACAGAUCUACAACCCAACCUGGAGAUAUUUGGGAGACGGGUGCUGCCUGACCAGAGAGACCUGGAAGGACCUGGAGAAAGCAGGGUUCUCGGAACUGAAGUUGGAGCACCUACACGCCCCCAUGUCCUGGAACCCUACUCGUCCCCAUAUAAUUGGAUAUGCUGUGAAAUAACUAACUCCAUGCACUGAGAAAAAGGUCACUUCAGCACUGUGAUUCCUUCCAAUUCCUAGAGUAUUUACCCCUGAAUAGCAGCCUUAUAAUGUCAGAGGAAUACUUAUUUAGCAAUUAGCUGCCCACCCAAAUUGUCUUGGGUUUAUGAGAAUAACAGGGAAAAUUUACUGAGCAUCCAUAGCUUAUCCUAAUUAUGGUGUCAGGUUUGUCCAUAUGCCAGUCAGGCUCCUCCCAGUUUUUAGACAAAGCUCUGGUCACAGUGGUCAGCAUUUUUCACUGAUUGUCCUGCUAGUUUUUGUGGAUCACAUUCUAAAGCACUGAUCAUUCCCUGUUCAUCAUAUACAGAGCCUCGGUGCCUAAGUCAAGCUUUGUGGAUCUCAGUGUUGUUCCUGUGACUUUCUGGGUACCAUGUUGCUUGGGGUUGCAAUGCCUAUGUUCCUUUGGGAAUCCGGGCUCAUCAGUCUAAAUCAGAUUUGAAACAGCAAUCUGCAAAAGGAAAUGCUCCUAUUAUAGCAGAGUAAUUAACACUAGUUAAGGC